AUGGAGAAGAUCAUCUUCAGAMUCAUCRUCCUUACCGGUGUGUGCUGUUUGUCYMSYAAACAUAUYUUCYAUGAGRASYCARAAAUGACAUGGGAAAAUGCUCGAGCACACUGCAGGGCCCRUCAUAACGACCUUUCACGUCUCUCCAAUGAACUGGAGGAAGAGUUGUUCAAGAAGUCUGUGGAUCAGAACAACGAAGGAUGGAUUGGAAUUUAUUGGGAUAAGAGCAUUGAAAACUUUGUGUGGUCAGGAGGAGAAAAUGUCACWGACUUCAGCAAACUUAAUUUACCACAUAUAGAUCUUAUCCACCCACAACACGUAGCUGAAAAUAUCUUGUGGAAAAACAAUGGAUGGCAUUGGGAAAAUGGCGCAGACGGACGCAAAUUCUUCUGCUUCAGCCUGACGCUGGUGCAGRAGGAGAAGACCUGGGAGGAGGCUCUGGAGCUCUGCAGAAUGAAACACAACAACCUCAGCAGCCUGCUGUCUGACACAGAYGUCCGUCUGGCCACGAAUGAGAUGAAUUACACCCACAGCACYGAGCCCGUGUGGAUCGGCCUGCGYUACCUUGCAGACGAGUGGCUGUGGGUGAACGGAGACYAUCUGRAUUAUAAGAGCUGGYCCCAAGAAGGAGAUCCGGUGAAGGACCGCUGUGGAGCUUUAACCAAGCAGGGAGUGUGGGAGAGCCGGGACUGUCAGGAGAAACUCUGGUUCAUGUGUGGCUGAAGGUUCCUCUUAAUAU